AUGAAGGCAUUCCAAUUGGUUCGGGACCUGGUGGUCAAGCACAACGUCGCCGGGGUGACAAGCAUGCAGCAGUCGCUGGUGCUGCUUAACCACAUGAAAAAGUAUGGCUCGGUCACAAACUUCCGGUUUAUGAAGGAUCCGGUGACCCACGACCGAUCAGGCAUGGUGUUUGUCUCGUACCAGCACUACGACGAUGCCAACCAGGCGCUGAACGAGCGGCUACAGAUCGUCGACGGCCUGCCGCAGCCGUUCAACACCAUAGAGGUGACGCCGUACAUUAGGCAGGAAGCGCGGGGCAAAAAAUAA